GCAGAAACAUGAAGCACAUUCUCGCAUUGGGUGUCAUUUUUACCGCCAGCGUGGCAAAUGCUUUGUAUCUCGCUGAUUCUGACCAGGGCGUCAAUUGCGAUUGUCCAGCACAUCUAAAAGGCCAACGUAAGAUGCACGGGGGCAAAUGGAGUCUAUACAGAGAUUAUGGGGACGAGUCUCAUCCGGGUUCUUCCUGCAAAGAUAUUAAGGAUCGCAAAGGAGAAGAUAGCGCAAAUGGGAUCUACUGGAUCAAACUAAAGGGUAGAACUCAGAUCUUGAGCUGAGAGUUAAGUUCCGAACCAAGUACCGUAAACCUCUAUUAAGCCCCCCGGGGGCUUAUUUAUUUCAAACACAUUUGAGGGGAGGGGGGGUUAAUAGAGGAUUUACGGUAGUUUAAAAGUUGGAUAGCACUAUCGGCCGAAUAAAUGGCUAUGAAGUGAAUAAGUGCUUGGGAAACCAAUUCCCUACUCCAGAGACUGUAAGGGGAAUGGGCACAAGCUUCCGGUACAACGAAUUCUGGGAUCGUUUGGCUGGACAAGCGUUACUUAUGAUUGGUUAAUGGUUGCCUUGAAUACCAUCCACCAAUCAUAACUAACACUUGUCCAUUCAAAAGGACAAGAACCGAUCCCCAGUUUCAUUUACUUAGUCCCUUGAAGUUCAUUGACACAAACCUGAUUAAAGCUGAUUUUCAAAUAUUGCUUUUUCACAGGUGAAGACGAGGCUUUCCAAGUUUACUGCGAUAUGGACAACGGAGGCGAGUGACUGAUACAGUUGUUUUAGUUUUUUUUUCACUCGUUUCAAUUAGCAAAUAUACAUGUUGUUUUUGGUUUAUGUAUGAACCGCCCGGCCCCACCGUGGGGCAUUUGCAGCUUUUCCAAAAAAUGACAAAUGUCCCCCGGGGGAGGGGGGAGGAGGAUGCGGACGUACGCUUGGAACUGUGACUGACCCAUAAAGCAUAAAUAACAUCAGAUUCUGUCAUGCGACUUAACAUUGAUUACCAUUUCCGUUUUUCAUUUUUACAGGCUGGACAAUGGUGUUUAAGGCUGUGACCAGAGAGGAAAAUGGCUAUAAACUUUACACCUCUGCUGAAACUUCCACCGAGGAUGUGGAGGACGCUCUUGAUGUGACUAAAAAGCACCCCGAACACUACAAGAACAGAAUAGUUUUAAACUGGGAAGAUUUUAAACCAUCCGAGGUAAUUUCUUUGGGCUUAUCCCCCACCCAGUCACCACCUCCCUUGAAUAGUAUUCCCGAUUUCCCUUUAGGCCUCUUAUUUACAGAGGAAUGAUGUUCCAGGCAGAAGAGUCACUCGCCUACUCGAGCUACCCUGGGCGAGCAAACGCUUCAUAUGCCUUUCCUUACAAAACGUAGCGAACCGAUUACAUAAAAAAAAAACAUAAAAGUUGGCUCGGUUAGCAAGUCAACCUUUUACGAUGACAGGGAAACCAUUCCUAGCCGGGGCCAACUUCCAUGUAAACACUAGCCCAGUCGGAUCAUCAGGGUCAAGGUGCAGAGACAAUCAGAGCAUGCGCGAGUUUUGUUACCUUGGGCGAAGGGGUCAACUUUUUUCAUACGCUCGCUAAAAUUGACUCGGCUGGAAGGGUGUCCCUCUACCCGGAAUAGGUUUUCUCCAUAUAAACGAGGAAACGUACAAAAACGUGUCCUGCGCCACACGCAAAUCUCAAUUUUAUAAAGUUUAGAACCGCCGCCUGGUUAGCUCAGUUGGGAGAGCGCCGGUCUGCUGAGCGGGAGGUCGCGGGUUCAAACCCCGGCCGGACCAAUAGUUAGGGUCUUUAAAUAACUAAGAAGAAAGUGCUGCCUUUUUAAUGACAUCUGCAAAUGGUUAGUCUUUCUAGUCUUCUCGGAUAAGGACGAAAAACCGUAGGUCCCGUCUCACGGCACUUUCACUGAUCUGUUCUUGUGGGACGUAAAAGAACCCACACUACUGUUUGAAAAGACUGGGGGACGUAGACCCCGGUGGUGUGGCCAACCUUUACGGGUUGUGGGAUUGGGUAGGGAUGGCACCUUGCAUGGGACCUAUGAGUCCCGAUCGUGCCUAUUCCCUCUGGGCAGGCCUGUGCCCAGAAAAGCUUGUAAAACCUAAACCUAACUGAUUUGUUUGUGAUUUUAAAAGGCUAGAGUUGCUCUCUAUACAAGCGGAGAGCUACAAAAGGAGUUGAAAUUUAACGCUUCAGGAUCAAACAACAGCAACUGGUUCUCUUGCUCGGCUCUGACUCAGAGCUCUUGGUUUGAUAUUCCAAGUGAGCCUCACAACUACUUUUCCAUCUAUGGAUCAGUGCACAGUACACGUGAUAAACGUCGCUUCUUUAUCAACCGGAAUUAUCGCAGUUGUCCCAACGAUGCAGGAUGGAUGGUGAUAACUGAACUGGAGCACUGCGAUUGGGAGAUGAAUAAGAAGAACGCCAUACUGUACAGCAAGCUUUCGAAUUAUACAAACUGGAACGAAGAUGGUGAGUAACAACCUUAAAAUGGACAACAAUAAACGUUUCCCGUCUCAACCAACAUUUACCCGACCUCUACUCCCUUGUUUUCUGCCUUUUGACUACUACUAGCAUCAACAACAGGAGAGGGGUGGGUACUCAACAAAGUUUUAGACGGAAAGGCUCCGCCCGGCCUGAGGUCCAACCUCUGACCCUUUUAUAGUAAAAUCCAACUAGUGGUCUAUUAUCAAUGCUGCGUUCUGAUUGGUUGAGCUACUACUAGGCUAUAUGUUAUAGCCCAGUAGUAGCGUAAAGCGCUGGCAUUUUGGCAGCAAAAAAAGAAUUAAUGUCUAGCUUUAACAAGCUAAAGUUGUUUUGUCUCGAUAUUUUUGACAAACUUAGUUGAAUUUUACUAAAAAAAUUAUUCCUUUCGCCCUCCUGGCCUCUGAGUCAAUAGCCCAUGAGGCCGAAUUGACUCAGAGCCCAUUCGGGCUCAAGGAAUAAUUGUUAAAUAUACCUACUGCUUUCGUAUACCCUCUAUUGACAAAUGGUACCCCUUUCACAUGUCUAGUUUAGAACUUUGCUUUCCUUUUAACUGCCAUAAAUACACUGUCUUUUAAAUAUGAGUAAACCAGAAAGUGUUCUCGACCUUGGCACAGCCAUAAAUGCAUCUGUUAGUCGUUUAAUUUUUGGAUCUUUUUACAGACCGAAAUGACAGAUUUCCCUACCCUUUCAUCUACUUCAACAAGUGAUAUCCCAGUGACUCUAUCAUAUACCUCAAGCCUGAAGUGGUACCCCUUUCGGGCGGAACCUCCCCGUAUUGGCUAUUAUAGGGGGUACCCAAAGGCAUAACUCAUGUGGCUUCUUUGUAGGAACCGACGUUUGAAAAGUAGGCGUCUUUUGUUAAUAUUAUAUUCGAAAGAAAUAAGCCAAUUUACCAGACUUUUGGUGGUUGUCCUUUUAAGAACCAUCGCUUAUUUUCCGCCAGUCUAGUAUUUCUUUUCGGCUUUCUUUCUUUUCUCAGAACGACCCUGAUUUGGUAAAGAGCUCGGCCCUUGCCCAACAGGCAAUUUCCGAGUUGAACCAAGCCUCUAUUUCAAAGCGAGGCUAAUUACAAAGUCAUAAGUGUGAAAAUAGUUUUUAUUCUCAUUCGUUAAAACGGAUAACCAACAACUUGUUUUGCAAAACUGCUGCAAACAAGUUUUUUUACCACCCACUGACGUUGAAACCUGUCUUGCAACAAAUCAGGCUGCUGCAAAUUGCGUGAAUACCCAUGACUUCUGAUCGGAUAAAAUUACGCGAGAAUCACGCUUUACACCGGAUUUGCGUCACUUGCGGCAAGACAAGUUUGCCUUGAGCUGGUAAAACGCGCGACAUGUACAGAUUUUGUUGCAAAAAGUAAAAAUACUCUCUAAUUUCUGCAACACGUUUUCGCAAUCUGUGGCAACCUCAUUUGCUGCAAGACAGGUUUGAACGUAGGUCGUAAAAUGCUCAACAUUGCUUUUCAACUCAUUUUGUAGCAGUGCUGCAAAUAAAUUACGUUGCACGAUUUUGUUGUCCAUUUUACGGUACCUUUAGCCCGAGUUUGAAGGUGAGAGUGUUUGAAACUCGGAAAUGGCCAUACAACUUGUCAGCCUUGUGGUUACUCUUGUACAGCAAAAAGCCUUUCAGACUGAACUGUUUCAGAGUUCAGAUGGUAAUGCGAGGGUGAACAAUUGACGAGGAAAAAAGCACGUUUUUUUCGUCUCCUUUUUCACGCGUACAAUCGCUCCCUACCAUCUUGAACGCCGCGCUCUACUAACUGAACGCCUUGAACAGGCUACCUUUCAGGUCUCAACUAUGUUCUCGCUGUUUAAACCUUUUAUUUCAGAGAAUGUCCUAGAGGCAGAUGUCUUGGUAGUCUACGUGCGCUAA